CUUCACGAAAAGUCCUAUGAUAAAACUCUUCACGAAAACCUAAAAAAUCAUAUAUAGAACCUAUGGGUAUCACAAAAACCUCUGUAACUGUUUUUCUUGUAAUAAUGUUGACAAUUUCGUUUUCUUAUUGCAAUGUUGUGGCCGAGUCAGUGAUCGAGCCAGAAAAAUAUGGUCCUUGCACGUUUAUAUGUGAUAAUAGACGGGAUAAUUUUGCAUGCUUCAGUGACUGUCUGAGCGAUAUUUACCCGGAUGGUGGUCAUUGUGUUGGGAAUCCUGCACGUUGUUGUUGUAUCAGAAAAUAAUAAUCGAUUAUUUCCAUCAGUAAUUGGUGAAUUGAGCUUGAGUUAUGCGUUUCUAGCUAAUAUAUGAUUCUAAAAG